AUGGCUACUUCUAGACAACAACAGCAGCAACAAGGACAAAAUAAGACAUACCAGUUUAAAUUGGUUCUUUUAGGCGAAUCUGCCGUUGGAAAGUCAAGUCUUGUCAUGCGUUUCGUAAAAAAUCAUUUCGAUGAAUAUCGAGAAAGCACAAUUGGAGCUGCUUUUCUCGCACAAACAGUUACUUUGGACGAUAAUACAACUGUAAAAUUUGAAAUUUGGGAUACAGCUGGUCAAGAGAGAUAUAAAAGUUUAGCGCCUAUGUAUUAUCGUAAUGCUAAUUGUGCUAUUGUAGUUUAUGAUAUCACACAAGCUUCUUCCUUGGAAAAAGCAAAAGCUUGGGUAAAUGAAUUACAACGUCAAGCUGACCCUAAUAUUGUUAUUGCUUUAGCGGGAAAUAAGUCUGAUUUAGAAGCAAGAAGGGCUAUUGAAACAAAGACUGCACAAGAAUAUGCUGAUGAAGUGGGAUCAUUAUUUUUUGAAACUUCAGCAAAGACAGCUCACAAUGUGAAUGAAUUAUUUAAUGCUAUUGCAAAGCGCAUGCCUCUGGAUCAAUUAGCUGAUAAUUCGCGUAGAAGAGGUGGCUUAAAUAGUAAUCAAGGCGUUGAUUUAAGUAAUAAUAACAAUAACAAUAGCAAUAGUUGCGCAUGUUAA